AUGUCGAAUCCCCGGCCCCACUCCGACGAAGAGGCCCGGGCCCCGGCCUCACCGCCGCCCCCAUACCCCGACGCUGACCCGGCUCCCCGCGAAGACCAGCCCCUCCUCCGCGACCCCGGCGCCGCGGUAACCUCCGGCGAAGCGUGGAAGCCCCCGCCGGGCUUCACCUGGAUCGAGCUGGCCAUCAUGUCCAACGUCUUCCUGUACGGCUUCGACGGGACCAUCACCGCCGCGACGUACGCCGUCAUCAGCUCCGAAUUCGACGCCGCCAACACCGCCUCGUGGCUGACGACGUCGUACCUCGUCACCAGCACCGCCUUCCAGCCGCUCUACGGCCGCUUCUCCGACAUCUUCGGCCGGCGCGUGUGUUUCUUCGUCAGCAGCGUCACGUUCGGGCUGGGCUGUCUCGGGUGCGGGCUGGCGCGGGACGUGGUGUUGUUGAAUUGCAUGAGAGCGCUGACGGGCUUUGGUGGUGGAGGGUUGAUGACAAUGGCAACAAUCGUCAACUCGGACAUGAUCCCCUUCCGCAAGCGCGGCAUGUACCAGGCCCUUCAAAACGGCAUGUUCGGCUUCGGCGCCGUGGCGGGCGCCUCCUUUGGCGGCUCCAUCGCCGACCACAUCGGCUGGCGCUGGUGCUUCCUCCUCCAAGUCCCCGUCUCCGUCCUGGCCCUCGUUCUCGGUGCGAUUGUGAUUAAGAACCCCGAAGGCGGCUUCGACAUCGACACGACUGACUUCAAGGCCAUCUGGACCCGCGUCGAUGUCUCUGGUGCGCUGUUGCUCGUCGUGGCUAUCUCGGUGCAGCUCGUCGGACUGAGCCUGGGCGGAAAUGAGUUGCCUUGGGGCAGUCCGAUCGUCAUUGGGACGCUGGUGGGAAGUGUGCUGCUGUUAGGUCUGUUCCUGGUCGUUGAGGCGAGAACGAGGGCUAUUCCUGUUAUCCCACUGAGGAUGCUGAGGGGUCGGUUGCCGGUGUUGACGCAGAUUUCGAACUAUCUCUUCAUGCUGCCUCUUUUCUUCCAGGUCGUAUUGCUCGACUCUGCGACCAAGGCCGGUGCCCGACUGGCCAUUCCAUCGCUCGCGACUCCUCUUGGCGGCCUCGUUGCCGGAAUCGUCAUGUCACGUUGGGGCAAGCUUGUCUGGCUCGUUCGCACCGGAGCUUUCUUCAUGCUCUUUGGAAAUGCCCUGGUAACGGCUCUGAAAUUUGAGGACAGCAAUUGGAAAUACUUGGUCUACAUCUUCCCAGCGAAUCUUGGCCAGGGAAUCAUCUACCCCGCCAUCCUCUUCACGACACUAGCUUCGUUUGAUCACGCCGAUCACGCCGUGUCGGCAUCAACAGUCUACCUCGUCCGCUCCCUUGGCACCGUUUGGGGCGUCGCAAUCACCUCGGCCAUCGUCCAGACGACCCUGAGCGUCCGUCUGCCAGAUGCUCUCGGUGAUAUCCCUGACAAGUGGAGGCUCAUCGACGAGAUCCGUCAUUCCGUGACAGCCCUCAAGACCCUCCCGGUGGAGGUGCGUCUGCCAGCACGCAUGGUCUACUACGAAGGCAUCCGAUACGCGUUUGCUGCAUCCACCACCUUCGCAGCUAUCGCGCUAGUCGCGGCGCUGUUUGCCAGUCCCCGCGGUCUUCGGAGCACUCACAAGUAA